AUGCCCGCCUCCCUCCCAAUCAAUGAUGCCGCCAUCUUUCCAAUUGGGCGCCAAUCAACUCGCGCGCUGGAACCACUAAGCGCCCAAGAACUCAUUAACUGCACCCGACUCAAAAAUGUAUCAACAAGCGGGCUAGGCCUCUUCAACGGCAGACCACCUCACAUCAUCUCUCCUUACGCGGCCAACCAACCGCGUAAGCCUCUGCCACCGCCGUCCGCCCAUCGAUACCACCUCAAACAAUACACUCCAUCAACCCCGCCCACAAUAAAAAUCAAGAGCAAGAAACCAACAAACGCCCAAUGGGCUAUGACAUCCCGUGGCAUUCCUAGAUCCAUGGAACCACGCGGCGAAGCUCGUGCUCGUCCAAACAUCUCGAUGCCCGGAAGCACCUCCUCCCCAACCCAAGAAUCAGAACCAAUCAACGAUGAUGAUCGACCUCAUUUCCCUGAGCCACAGGAAGUCAACGUGUACAAGCGCCUGAACAACCAACCAACCUAUAUUUGA